GUCCCUCACCGCCCGCCGUCCGUCGCCUCGCCCGUCUCCAUCCGCGCGCGCGUCGCCCCUCUUCUCCACACCCCACCCGCCACCCCGUUCCUCGCCACCAUGGGUCUCUCCGUCUCGCGCCUGCUCAGUGGCCUCUUCGGCAAGAAGGAGAUGCGCAUUCUUAUGGUCGGACUCGACGCAGCCGGAAAGACCACCAUUCUUUACAAGCUCAAGCUCGGAGAGAUCGUGACCACGAUCCCGACUAUCGGAUUCAACGUCGAGACGGUCGAGUACAAGAACAUCUCGUUCACCGUGUGGGACGUCGGAGGCCAGGACAAGAUCCGCCCGCUCUGGAGACACUACUUCCAGAACACGCAGGGCAUCAUCUUCGUCGUCGACUCCAACGACCGGGAGCGUGUGUCGGAGGCGCGCGAGGAGCUGCAGCGCAUGCUCAACGAGGACGAGCUGCGCGACGCGCUGCUGCUCGUGUUUGCCAACAAGCAGGACCUGCCCAACGCCAUGAACGCCGCCGAGAUUACGGACAAGCUCGGCCUGCACUCGCUGCGCCAGCGCCAGUGGUUCAUCCAGGCCACGUGUGCGACGUCGGGCGACGGCCUGUACGAGGGCCUCGAGUGGCUGAGCUCGAACCUGAAGCGGCGUGUGUGAGCGGCGGUCGAGAGUGUUAUGCCUGCCUCGCUGUUGGAUGUCGCCUGUUCCCCUGGCCUUCUCAUGACGCCCUCGCAUGGCGUGCAGUGCCCGCUGCCCGUCUGCGCCUCUCUCUCAACGACC